GUUUAGGGUUUAGAGGGUUGGCUUUAUGGGUUUAAAUAUUUGUUUGGGAGGAGGUUCAAGGAUUCGCUAACUCCACCAUUGGGCUUGCCAAACAGGGAUUCCCAAGUCCCAACCCCCUUAAGCUGGCCGUUAGGCCCGUUACACACAAUUGGAGUCUACAAACACAGGUGACAGUCCCUUCUCUCCCUCGCGAAGACGCCCGCAGGUGUUCCAUUCUCGGUCAAACCCUAGCUCCACUCGCCGCCCGCGUUUCCUUUCAGGCGGGGGAGGAUGUCAACUCCAGCUAAGAAAAGACUGAUGAGGGAUUUCAAAAGGUUGCAGCAGGAUCCUCCUGCUGGCAUCAGUGGGGCACCCCACGACAACAAUAUAAUGCUCUGGAAUGCUGUUAUAUUUGGCCCUGAUGACACUCCUUGGGAUGGAGGAACGUUUAAGUUGACUCUUCAGUUCUCGGAGGAUUACCCAAACAAGCCACCAACUGUGCGAUUUGUUUCUCGAAUGUUCCACCCAAACAUCUAUGCAGAUGGAAGUAUCUGUUUGGAUAUUUUACAGAACCAGUGGAGUCCAAUUUAUGAUGUUGCUGCCAUUCUUACUUCAGUUCAGUCACUUCUAUGUGACCCAAACCCGAACUCGCCAGCUAAUUCAGAGGCAGCAAGGAUGUUUGGUGAGAACAAGAGGGAGUACAACAGGAAAGUGCGUGAAGUUGUUGAGCUGAGCUGGACAGCUGACUGACUAUCUCUUCCUUUCUAGUAUGAUUGGAGGAGGUUAAAAGUAUGUUGGUUGGGGUUUGCUCCUUCUCCUGGUCGGGUUGUCUGUGUAUCCUCGACAGUUCUUUGGCAUUUGUGAUCUCGUUGGGUUGUCUGCGUUGCCCUUUUGAUAGUUCUUUGGCACUUGUGAUCUCAUUGUAACUUGAGAUCAUUUCAUGUGCUUGGCUGGGAUGUCGAAUGUGACUAUAAAUGUAUAUAAAGUAUUGAGCUAAAUACUUCUGGAAAACUUUGUACCAGUGAAUUUAUUACUUCUAUUGGCAAUGAAAGGUUGGACUUCUGCUUUAUUUA